CCUUCAAGCACCUCAGUUGAAGCUACAAGCUCACUCUUACCUCAUCCAGCUGGCAGUUAGUUAGAUAGAAGUGUGAAACUCAAAUAUAAUUCAGUGUUAGUUCUUUGAUUCUCUCUAGCUCUCAUAACAGAAUUCGAGAGAAGAAACUCAAUCUUGAUUAAUCUCAGAGAAAAUGAUUCAGCUUAACAUCUAAGCAGUUAACCGACAUUACUUAUACAAAUUACAAUUGAAAUGAAAUUUGUUCUCAAAGACUGGUGUGGGGUCGCGGUUUUGGGGUUGCGGAAAACAUUAAAUUCAUCAAUAACAUAUACAAAAUCUUGUCCACCUACGUCCCCAAAGGCGUCUGUUUAAAAACAAUAGACCAAUACGCUUCGAUCUCCUAAUUUAUAUCCACCCUCAGCUUCAAGGAAGGAAUAUUUAUUCCUAUGUCCUGAGUUCUUCAUUGAUCCCUCAUGGCUUCCCCCAAUAUUCUGCAGUCAUUUUUAUUACUCUGCAUAACAUGGUCUCUCAACUCUUCUUCUCCUUACACUACUUCCUCUACUACAAAUAGUAGUAGUACUAAUCUUGAUUCCCAUUUCUCUUCCAUAAGAUUCUUCUGUAAAUCUACUCCAUACCCAGAUGUCUGUUUUGACUCACUCAAGCUCUCCAUCUCAAUAAACAUCACUCCAAACAUCAUCGCCUAUCUCCUUCAGUCACUCCAAACCGCCUUGACCGAAGCUGGAAAUCUCUCCAAUCUAUUGUCCAGUGCCAGAACCAGCUCCGAAAUCAUUGAGAAACAAAGGGGAGCCAUCCAAGAUUGCAAGGAGCUCCACCAAAGUACAAUGGCCUCUCUCAAGAAAUCAGUGUCCCGAAUUAAUUCUGCUCCUGAUUCCCAAAAAAUGGCAGAUGCAGGAGCCUUCCUUACAGCAGCUCUCACCAACAAGAACACUUGCUUAGAAGGCCUGGAUUCCGCAUCAGGUCCAAUGAAACUGACCCUCGUCAACUCCAUAAUCAGUACUUACAAGCAUAUUAGCAAUUGUCUUUCAAUGCUCCCUGAGCCUGCAUCAAAGGGCGGCCAUACAAACCGUCGUCUCUUGGGUUUUCCAAAAUGGCUGUCACGGAAGGAUCGCCACAUAUUGCAGGAUACUUCUGGUUCUGGUGAUGAAUAUGACCCGAGCGGGGUGCUUGAAGUGGCGGCAGAUGGAAGCGGAAACUUUACUACCAUUACCGAUGCUAUCAAUUUCACCCCAAAUAACAGCGAUGAAAGAGUAAUCAUCUAUGUGAGGGAAGGAGUGUACGAGGAAAAUGUAGACAUCCCAAGUUAUAAGCCCAACAUUGUGCUGCUAGGAGAUGGAAGUGAUGUUACUGUAAUCACAGGCAACAGAAGCGUGGCCGAUGGUUGGACUACUUUCAGAUCUGCCACCGUUGCUGUAUCCGCUGAGGGGUUUCUGGCACGUGACAUAACAUUUGAGAACAGGGCAGGACCUGGGAAGCACCAGGCAGUUGCACUUCGUGUUAACGGGGACUUGGGAGCAGUGUACAGGUGUGUCAUUAACGGUUACCAAGACACGCUGUACGUCCAUUCCUUCAGACAAUUUUACAGGGAAUGUGACAUUUCCGGGACCAUAGAUUUCAUAUUUGGUAAUGCAGCCGUUGUGUUCCAGGCAUGCAACAUCAUAUCCAAAAUGCCGUUGCCUGGCCAAUUCACUGUGAUCACUGCCCAGUCCCGAGACAGCCCAUACGAGGACUCUGGAAUCUCGAUACAGAACUGUUCCAUUGUGGCUUCCGAUGACUUGUAUUCCAAUAUUUCAAGCGGCACAAUCAUCAACAACUAUCUCGGGAGGCCAUGGAGAGUCUACUCUCAAACUGUCUAUAUCGAGUCCUACAUUGAUGACUUCAUCGACCUAACAGGGUGGAAGGAAUGGUCUGGUGAUCAAGGCUUAGCCACUCUGUACUACGGAGAAUAUGCGAAUACAGGGCCUGGUUCGGCAACUGAGAAUCGUGUUACUUGGCCUGGGUACCAUGUCAUGGGUUACGAUGAUGCCUCUAAUUUCACAGUGUCACAGUUUAUAACUGGAGAUGAAUGGCUAGAUUCUACCUCCUUCCCUUACGAUGAUGGGAUUUAAUCAUGGCCAGCUCUAAGAUUCUCGGGGCCUAAGACGAAAUUGUGAGGGGGAAAAAAUAUUCUCAUAAGGAAGGAAAAGACAGGCCCUAGGACUUGAACCAUAUACCUAUUGGAUAGCAAAACUAAGCUUUUCCACUGGGCUAGAUAACUUAUCUAUUAUAUUAGUGCUAUAUUUAUUAAAUAUAUAUUAUAUGCAUUACUGUAUUUAUCUAGGCCCUAAUUUUGAGCCAAAGUUCAGGGGCUUAAGUCUGCGGCCUCGUUCGGCUUAGCUCAAAGCUGGCCCUGGAUUUAAUUUGCAUGGAGUCUAUUUGUUUGAAAACAAAUCUGCUUUAUUGAAUGUGUGGGUCACUCUUACUAAUCUAAGUUAACGACUUUGUUA